GGAAACCUCUCAACUCUCACUCAUCUCAACCUUGCCUAUUCCAACUUUUUUGGCCAAAUCCCAUAUCAACACCUCUCCAAUAUCACAACCAUGGUUUCCAUCCAUCUGUCUGAUAGUUAUAAGGUAUAUGGCGACAUUUUACUGGGAUUGGAACUUCACAGUCUGAAAGGACUAGUUCAACACAUGAGCAACUUGAAGCAUCUCCAUCUAUCACAUGUGAACCUCUCUUCUUCCCCUCUACCAGCUGACCUCCUCUCAAACUUCUCAUCUUUAGAGUCUCUGGAUCUUUCUUCAUGUGAGCUGAAGGGUGAGUUUCCCGUGGCCAUUUUCGAUCUCCCAAAGCUCAAGAUGCUCGAUUUAAGUGAGAAUCGUGAUCUCAAAGGCUAUUUGCCCAACAUCCGUUCGGGGAGUCCUCUUAAAUCGUUGCGGCUCUUUGAUACAAGUUUUGGAGGAGUGGUGCCUCCCUCCAUUGGGAAUCUCUCCUGGUUGGAAGAACUAGGCAUUGGCGGUUGCACUUUUACAGGGGACCUUCCGAUUUCACUCGGUAAUCUUACCCAACUUGUUUUUUUGAGCAUUUGGGAUGGUAAUCACUUCACCCCAGAUACUCUCAAUACUUCUUCAUUGUCGUGGAUUGGUAAGCUUACCAAGCUCACUCGUUUGUUACUUGAAAGCUUGGACUUGACGGUAUCACAACUAAUUUGCAAAUUCAAAUCCCUUAUGCAUCUUGAUCUAUCUUUCAAUAGUUUGGGUGGAAAGCUUCCCCAGUGUUUGAGCCAUUUUAGCAAUUCUCUUUUGUUGCUGGAUUUGAGAGGAAACAAAUUUGAGGGAAACAUUCCGUCAACAUGGAGAAAUGGAUGCCAACUGAGAAUGAUCGAUAUGAGCCAAAAUCAAUUGCAAGGGCAAUUGCCCAGUUUGCAUGGUGUCAUUAAUGAUGAUUUUGGUUUCUCAAAGAUUCAAGUCAUCGACUUAUCCAACAAUAAUUUUAGAGGGAAGCUCCCAUCAAUGUUCAUUGAUGCGCCGAAUCCAAUGAGAGCCCUGAAUGGUUUGGAAAUGAACUAUAAGAAGAUUCCAAAUAUUUUUUGUGGCGUUGAUUUCUCCUCCAACAAUUUUGAAGGGCAGAUACCCGAAACAUUUGGAAAUCUCGCAGCGCUUCAGCUACUAAAUCUUUCUAGAAACUACCUCAGCGGUCAAAUACCGUCUUCUUUCUCCAACUUGACAAGUUUAGAGUGUUUGGAUCUUUCCCAAAACCAACUCACAGGGCACAUUCCUCUGGAGCUAACAAAACUCACUCCUCUUUCAUCAUUUAACGUGUCAUUUAACAAUCUCUCUGGCCCCAUACCACAAGGAAAUCAGUUCUGUACCUAUGACAACAAAUCUUAUGAAGGGAAUCCUGGAUUGUUCAUUGAAACUUGGAAUAAGCAGUGCGGAAAUGCAAGGUCUUUGCCUCAACAGCAGCAACCUCCACCCACGACAAGUGAUGUUUUGGCGCAGACCACAAUUACUCAACAAGUUUGUGUGAAACUCUUCAAGCCUCGUCCUCCACAAAGAGAUAUGGAGUCUCCAAUAAUAUUAAUAAUAUUUCACCUAUACUUGGUGGUGUUGGUUUCUUCAUCCUCAUCUCAGUAUUCGUCUUUGGAGAAGACGAGGGGACGAUGCCACGAUGAUGAGAAGGCUGCCUUGCUCCAAUUCAAGCACAGCUUUGCCAGCACCAACCAAUGCAAUCAUGAUUGGCCUAGUUAUAUUCAUCAAAAACCAAAACUGGAAACAUGGAAAGAAGGGGGCGACUGCUGCUCCUGGGAGGGCGUGGAGUGUGAUGAACAAACUGACCAUUAUCAUGUCGUUGGAUUAGACCUGAGUGGGAGUUGCCUCUAUGGUUCCGUAAACUCGAGCAAUGCACUCUUUACCCUCACUCACCUCCAGAGGCUGGACCUCUCCUACAAUCACUUCAACUCUUCUCACAUACCCCCCGCAAUCGGAAACCUAUCCCGUCUCACUCAUCUCAACCUUACCAGUUCAAACUUUUAUGGCCGAAUCCCACAACAACACCUCUCCAAUAUCACAACUAUUGUUUCCCUUGAUCUCUCUUCAAAUUCUGAGUUGGAACUUCGUAGUCUGAAAGGACUAGUUCAACACAUGAGCAACUUGAAGCAUCUCCAUCUCUCACGUGUGGACCUCUCUUCUUCAGCUCCACCUCACGACUUCCCCUCAAACUUCUCAUCUUUAGAGUCUCUGGAUCUUUCUUAUUGUGAGCUGAAGGGUGAGUUUCCCGCUGCCAUUUUCAAUCUCCCAAGGCUCAAGAUGCUCGAUUUAAUUGGCAAUCAUGAUCUCGGAGGCUAUUUGCCCAACUUCCGUUCGGGGAGUCCUCUUAAAUGGUUGUGGCUCUAUGAUACAAGUUUUGGGGGAGUGUUGCCUCCCUCCAUUGGGAAUCUUGCCUCUUUGGAAGAACUAGGCAUUGGUGGUUGCAAUUUUACAGGGGACCUUCCGAUGUCACUCGGUUGGUUAGUUACAGCAAGUGAGUUGAGAAUUCUUAUCUUGCGAUCUAAUAGUUUGCAUGGUGUCAUUAAUGAUGAUUUUGGUUUCUCAAAUAUUCAAGUCAUCGACUUAUCCAACAAUAAUUUUAGAGGGAAGCUCCCAUCAAUGUUCAUUGAUGCGGCGAAUCUAAUGAGAGCCCUGAAUGUAAGUCGACCACUUGAAUACAUGGAGCAAGAUUUGAAACCACCUAGCCUUUGGAAUUCUGAAGGAUUUGGCUCAUUUGAUUACUCAUUGACCAUGCAUAACAAGGGUUUGGAAAUGAACUAUAUGAAGAUUCCAAAUAUUUUUUGUGGCAUAGAUUUCUCCUCCAACAAUUUUGAAGGGCAGAUACCCGAAACAUUUGGAAAUCUCGCAGGGCUUCAGCUGCUAAAUCUUUCUAGAAACUAUCUCAGUGGUCAAAUACCGUCUUCUUUCUCCAACUUGACCAGUUUAGAGUGUUUGGAUCUUUCCCAAAAUCAACUCUCAGGGCACAUUCCUAUAGAGCUAACAAAACUCACUCCUCUUUCAUCAUUUAACGUGUCAUUCAACAAUCUCUCUGGCCCCAUACCACAAGGAAAUCAGUUCUGUACCUAUGACGCAAAAUCUUAUGAAGGGAAUCCUGGAUUGUUCAUUGAAACUUGGAAUAAGCAGUGCGGAAAUGCAAGGUCUUCACCUCAGCUGCAGCAGCAGCCUCCACCCGCUACAUUUGAUGGUGGCGAUGAUGAUGUUGAUUCAGAAUAUGAGUUUAGAAUGAAGUGGAUAAUAGUAUUGAUUGGAUUCGCCAGUGGUUUAGUGGGUGGAGUGAUAGUUGGGAACGAAUUCACCACAAGAAAACACGAUUGGUUCGUCAAGACUUUUGCAAGGAAACGGAGAGGGUAGGCAUAAGAGGAGAAACAUACACUACAUAUAAGCAUUCUCAGUUGUGUUUUGAAGUGGGACAAAGAAAUAAAUGGCUAUGUAUCAU